UAAAAGUGUAACCAGACGUUUGGCGGAGCUGACGGAACCAUUACCAGACUGAUUUAUAUUUUUCUGUCAAAGAACCGUUACAGACAUAUGAUGACAGUGCCACAAUAUCCCAAGUUACCGAAUCCCUAACCCUGUUAACCCUUCCGUUUCCAUCUCCAACGUUCCGUCACUUAACCUCAAACGCCGUCGUCUCUUUCUCUCUCAUCAAUCUCAAACCCUAACCCUAAUGGCUUCCUCCGACAACUUCCCGAUGAUCGACGCCUCCUCUCACCUCCAAGCUCCAACGCGCCCCGGCGACACCAUCGACUCCGCCGCCGCUGCCAACAACGGCAAUUUCUUCCCUCCACCCUUCCCGGACGACAUUGAUCGGAGUCCGAACCCGACCCGAAACUCCAACACUAAACGGAGCUCUUACUACAAUAAAAGAUUCAAAUCUUCCUCCGCUAACCCUAACCCUACCACCAGCACCACCGAAGCCGAGUCGUCCAGCGGGCCCGAAACGGCAUCGCAGCGAGGUGACUAUCGGAAGGACCGCGAGGAGUGGAGCGACACUGCCAUCGGGUGCCUUCUAGAAGCUUACACCGAGAAAUUCAACCAGCUGAACAGGGGAAACCUGCGGGGGAGGGACUGGGAAGAGGUGGCGGAGAUGCUCAGCGAGCGGUGUGGGACCGGCGGUGCCAAUAAGUCGGCGUACAAGACGGUAGAGCAGUGUAAGAAUAAGAUUGACAAUUUGAAGAAAAGGUACAAGGUGGAGCUGCAGAGGAUUACUAAUAGUGGGUUGGGUGCCAGUCACUGGCAUUGGUUUAAGAAGCUUGAGGUCAUUUUAGGGAGUUGCGUUGCUGCGAAAGGUGGCGGUGGUUCGGACGAGGAGCGCAGCGUGGGCAGAGCCGGUGGUAAUGCGGCUAAGCAGCUGAAGAGAUACACGCCAGGCAGCGCUGCUUUUGGAAACAACCUGAAAGCCAAGUCGAUGCCAAAUCUAAAAUGGCGAAGAGUGAUGCUUAAAAUUAGUGGUGCUGCAUUAGCUGGGGACUGCCAGAGUAUCGACCCCAAGGUAGCAAUGCAGAUUGCUGAGGAAGUGGCAAGAGCUUGCCACCUUGGAGUGGAGGUAGCAAUCGUUGUCGGAGGCCGUAAUGUCUUUUGUGGAGAGACUUGGGUGUCUUCUACUGGAUUGGAUAGGUCUACAGCAUACCAUAUUGGUAUGAUGGCAACAGUCAUGAAUUCUGUAAUACUUCAAUCAGCUUUAGAGAAGGUGGGUCUUCAGGCACGUGUUCAAACAUCAUUAACAAUCCCAGAGGUUUCUGAGCCAUAUAACAGGCUUCGAGCCAUACGACAUCUUGAGAAAGGAAGAGUUGUUAUAUUUGGUGGUACUGGUGCCGGCACUGGAAAUUAUCUUUUCACAACUGAUACUGCAGCCUUGCGAGCGUCUGAGAGUAGGAGUCUACCCUGGCCCCGAUUUAAUGCAGAGGCAGUCGUCAAGGGCACAAACUUCAAUGGCAUAUAUGACUCUCAUCCUGGUAACAACAGUGCUAAUGUUGAUAUAAUUUGCUAUAGGGAGGUUGUUCCUAACAGUAAUACCUCCAUGGAUGCCAUGGCAUUAACAUAUUGCGAAGAGAAUCGAAUUCCAGUUGUGAUUUUCAAUCUGCUGGAACCUGGAAAUAUUUCAAGAGCUCUAUGUGGAGAACAAGUUGGCACUUUGAUUGAUCAGACUGGAAGGAUUAUUUAAUGCAUAUGGAGCCAUUCCAUCCGGUGUUUUGGAAGUACAGUGUAAUUUAAUACGAAAUACUGGUUGUCCAUUUGAUGGUCCGAUAAGUAUGUCAGAGUUCCUGUUUCUGUGGUUCCCCUUGUGUUUGCAUCGACAUGUAAUUUCUCUCAGGAAACUUCAGAGUAUGUCGGAGAAAGCGAUGAAGCAGGUGAGGUAUGGCUGUUGGUUUUGUUGUGAAUGCAAAAUCAUGUAGUAAGAAAGCAAGGAAGCGAGCCGAGUAAGGCCGGUUUAAUGUAGAUGUGAACAUGUAGAUGUGAACGAUUGUGAAGAAAACAAGGAAGCAGCCGUGUAACUGGUAAAGCAUUUCUUUAGUUGUAAAUGUAAACAGAGUGUAUUCUAAAAAGACUAAUGGGAUUACAAAUGCGAUCGCCUGUUUUCAAGCAGUUCUUGACAAUCA